ACACACCAAUGUGUCUUUUGUAUGAUAUUAAAAAUUAGUAUUAGGAAAGAUAAAGUUAGUUUGAUGACAAUAAUGUGAGAAUUAGUGAUUUAUUCCUUUCCCUCCUUAAACUCUAUUUCCCAUCACACCCAAACACUGAAAAACUCUCAACUUUUCCUUUCUAUUAUUUUCACCGUUUCUCUUUCGAUCCAAACGAAACAAAUCAAAACGCAGUUCAACCUUCUCCGGUUCCCUACGAAGAAACGAACAAAGACGAAAAAAAAUCGCCGGUAACACCAAACAAUCGCAAGAACUUGUGUUACGAAAAUUCGAAUGCUGCUUUGUAGAACCAGAAAUGCUGUUUUCAAACCCAGUCUUUCCUCUCUUCUUCAUUUCUACUCUUCAUAUUCCAAGAAAAACAAAACUAACCCUAAUUUCACAAACCCUAAAACCCUUUCCCCCCAAUCACUUCAACCCAAUUCCUCCAAAGCUUCAAUUCCGCGUCUUUUACCUAAUACAACGCUUUACUCAUUGCUCACUGACCUCGUUUCUUGCCCCACUGACACUGCCAUUGACAGUGUUUUGGAUUCUUACAAAGGAGAAUUAACCUCCAACCUCGUGCUUGGUGUCUUGAUGAGUUACAAUCACUUGGGUAGAACCAAAACUUUGAAAUUUUUCUCAUGGGCUGGGGAAAAAAUGGAUUUUCAAUUUGAUGAUGCUGUGAUUGAGUACAUGGUUGAUUUCUUUGGUAGAAGGAAACUCUUUGAUGAUAUUAAGUGUUUGUUAAUGACAAUUGUUGCUCGUAAGGGUCAAGUUUCGUUUAAGGCGUUGUCUAUUUGUAUAAGGUUUUUGGGUAGAGAAGGGAGAAUCAAUGAAGCAUUGUCAUUGUUUGAUGAAAUGGAAAGUGUGUUUGGGUGUAAACCUGAUAAUCUUGUGUGUAACAAUGUGCUUUAUGUGUUGUGUAAGAAGCAAUCUUCUGUGGAGAUGAUUGAGCUUGCACUUUCGAUUUUUGAUAAGAUUGAAUCUCCUGAUACUUAUUCUUGUAGUAAUAUGAUUGUUGGUUUGUGUAGACUUGGUAGAUUCGAUGCAGCUCUUGAGAUUUUUUACAAAAUGGAUAAGGUUGGUGUGCAUCCAACUCGUUCUGCGAUGAAUGUUCUUAUUGGGGAGCUUUGUUUGUUGAGUUCAAAAGAAGGGUCUGUUGAGAAAGUUAAAGUGACGAAUACCCGUAGACCGUAUAAUAUUUUAGUUCCUAACAUGGGAGGAAAUCGGGCUGCAAUUCAGCCUGCUGUUGAAGUGUUUUUCACAGCUGUUAAUUCUGGCUUGUUGCCUAGUACUUUUGUUGUGUUUAGGCUUAUGUCUGAGCUUUGUCGCUUAGGUAACACCGAAGAAGCCAUUAAAGUGUUGAAGAUUGUUGAGGAAAGAAAGCUAACUUGUGUUCAAGAGGGAUACUCAAUUGUUAUGAAGGCGUUGUGUGAUCAUCGCAGAGUGGAGGAAGCCGGUAAUUUGUUUGGGAGAAUGUUGGAGACCGGCUUAAAGCCGAAGUUAGUUGUUUACAAUUCUGUUAUAUCGAUGUUGUGCAAAUUAGGAGAUUUAGACAACGCGCACGGUGUGUUUGAAAUCAUGAACAAGAAUAGAUGUUUUCCAGAUAGUUUAACUUACAUUGCUUUAAUCCAUGCUCAUUGCGAAUUUAAGAAUUGGAAAUUUGCUUAUGAAUUGUUAGUGGAAAUGUUGGGAUUGGGAUGGAUUCCACAUUUUCAUACUUACAAUUUGGUAGAUAGUCUUUUGAGAGAACAUGAUCAAUUGAAUUUAUGCCUUAAAUUGGAAAGAAAAUUGGAGAAUCAGAAGUUGCUGAAGAUGUGCAAGGAAGGUCAACUAGAUGAUGCUUAUGAGAAAGUAAAAUCAAUGCUUGAAAAGGGUGUUUAUUUAUCAGCUUAUGCUAGAGACACAUUUAAGCUUGAGUUUCAAAAGAGUGGCAAGUUAGAAAUAGCACAUGAGUUACUGGAAAAUACUCAAAGAGUUUAGGAGAAUCAGGAGAUGGUUAACAGAAGUUAUAAUUAGUUAUAGAACACAAAUUUCUUUGUUGUUGUAACAAUUUUGGGUUUUUAGUUGAUAUUUUUGUGUUGUAAUAUUUUAACAUAAUUGUUCUCCUGGUAAAAAAGCAUAUAAUUUUUUUUAACA